AAACUGUCAGCUAGAAUCUGUAAGAAAUCACUUAUAGAGAGACUUACAGUAAAGAAUAAGACUGCACUGCUUGAAGUCAGAAACUGGUCUGAAGAAGACACAGAGUUGGCUGCUGACUCAAAGAUCAGAUGUAAUAGCAGAGCUGAGAGAGAUAAAGACACUGUCAUGAGCAGUGAUGCCUCUGCUUCAUCAGCUAGUAAAAAGUAA